UAAAAAAUGCAGACUCCCGUAGCAUUGGGAGAAUUUUCUUUCAAUGUAAAUUGUCAAAGUGGGAGAGCCUUGGAUUGAACAAAGAGAGAGAAACUAGAAAGCACCUUGAGGCUUGAGGAAAGCUUUCUAAUUAUGGAUCCUUCCUUUUAGGGCAGCCCUAUUUCCCAACAUCCUCCAUGAAAAUGUAGUUUCCUCCACACAAAUUAAAUUUAAUUUCCUAAAUUUCCAUGCAAUUCUUUUCUGACACAGAAAAAAUUCCAGCAAGAAUUUUCCAUUUGUUUUUCAUGUGGAAAUCAAAUCUGUUUCAUGCCUAAAUUCUUUCCUAUAUGCCAUAUUUGUUCUUUGUAUGAAUAUCUUCAUAAAUUCAACCAAGUGGUGUGGAUCCUAUGUACAUCACAAUGCACCAUCAAAUCCUCAGAAGAUCUCCUGUCCUGAGGUAAAACAAAAUGUGGGCUUCCUGUUUGCGGAAUGUUCCCAAUGAAGAAAUUUUCAUGUUGGCAUCAUUUAGUGGCCUUGUCAAUUCUCCUUAUGCAAUCCCCACUUUUCCUUCAUCAACUUUGUCUAUUUGCAUUGAAAUUUUAUCAAGAUUAACAUUUCUCCUCCGUUAGAAGAGGAUCAGAAAGCAUAACAUUAAUGGAUUAUUCCAGCGGCACGAGGUCUCAAUCAUUGUCAUCUUCUCAACCACCCUCUGCUCAAAUUAAGGAUCCCCUGGCACAAAAGACACCACAAACGACGGUGACGUGCGUGUAUCAGACUCAUAUUGCAGGUUUUUGGCGUAAUGCGACGGUGUUGUGGAGCAAGAACCUCAUGAAUCACUCUUUGAGCAUAUCUGUCGAUAGUGCGGAGCAAGAAACCGCUUCUAUGUGCAAAAUCGACCUUAAACCUUGGCAUUUUUGGGCCAAGAAAGGGUACAAGACUUUUGAGGUUGAUGGGAACCAACUGGAGGCCUAUUGGGACUUGAGAUCGGCAAAAUUUUCAGGCAGCCCGGAGCCCUCAGCUGAUUUCUAUGUUGCACUCGUUUCUGACGAAGAAGUAGUUUUAUUGUUAGGUGACCAAAAGAAAAAGGCCUACAAGAGAACAAGAGCAACUCCUGCCCUUGUUGAUGCUAUGAUGUUUUACAAGAAGGAAAAUGUUUUUGGCAAGAAAUCUUUCUCCACAAGGGUUAAGUUUGACGAGAGGAAACGCGAGCAUGAGAUAGUGGUUGAGAGCUCAACGACGGGGCCCAGGGAUCCCGAAAUGUGGAUUAGCAUAGAUGGGAUUGUGCUGAUACACAUUAAGAAUUUGCAGUGGAAAUUCAGGGGUAAUCAGACUGUACAAGUGGACAAGCAGACGGUGCAAGUGUUCUGGGAUGUGCAUGCUUGGUUGUUUUGUGCCCCCGGAUCGAACUAUGGACUGUUCAUAUUCAAAUCAGGUGACCCCGAUGCGGAUAGCGAUGGCGACGACAGCAGUCGAGGUGAUGAUAGUGAAUGUAGUGGCAAUAGCAGGUAUUACUCAACACAGAGCUAUUCAAAAGGCACACAGUUCUGUCUGUUUCUUUAUGCAUGGAAGAUUGAGUGAGGAAAUGAGAAAAUUUCUAAGUACUCAAAUGACGGGAUCUUCUGGGAUUUGUACAUGUAACAGUUUGUUGGGAAUGACAGUCCCCACUUUCUUGUUGAUAUAUAUAUGUAUUAUCAUGUCCUAUUUUUACCUCA